AUGUCUCACCACGAUUCUUCUGGUUCAGCAAAGACCUACAAACGUAGACAUGUCGACUGUAUUUCAUCUGGCGAUGAAGCUAAUCCUCCAAAUACUGUUUCUUGGCCUCGGUUUAUAGUUAUUGCCUCUGCCGAUGGCAAUCCAUUGAAAUUAAACCUGUUUGCUAUCUCCAAGGGCAUAGAAGGUGCCUGCGGAGUAGUAAAAAAUGUGACCCGACUCCGAAGUGGUUCAAUUCUGGUGGAAUGUUUACAGAGGCAACAAUCUGUUAACCUGCUGGGACUACAGCAGUUCGUUAACACCAAGGUUGUCUCUGUGCACAGGACGCUGAACUCCUGUCAGGGUAUCGUUAGAGACUAUGCUCGUUGUCCUUCUGACAUGAGCGAAGAAGAGAUUGUUGAUGAACUAAAGGUACAAAGUGUAACCGCUGUAAAGCGUUUCACCAAAAAACAAAAUGAAAAAAUCAUCAAAACGAACACGUACUUGUUCACUUUUGACCUGCAGAAACUCCCGACUUCUCUCAAAGCUGGCUAUUUCAACAUCGGAGUGGGGGUAUACGUGCCAAACCCACUCCGAUGCUUCAAGUGCCAAAAUUUUGGCCAUGGUGCUAAAUUCUGCACCCGCAAUUCUGUCUGCGUCCGUUGUGGUGGAGCUCAUGAGAGCUCCGACUGCACAACUGAAUCUAUCAAACUGCGAUGGUGA